UUCUAACAUUUGCGGGAAACAAUCUUGUUUUUCAUUCUCUCUGCAACCAUGUGCGAAACCAAAAGCUUCUACUUAUGGCUUCUCCAAGUCGUUGGCCUAUUAGGCCUUCUUGCUUUUUGUCUAUGGCUAGCCUUGCGUCCCAGAAGCCCCACCUACACCAUCGUCAACUUUUCGGUCCUGGAGGCAAAUGACAGCAACGCAUCCGAUCACGGAACCAUACAUUACGAGCUCGAUAUCGAAAACCCGAACGAAGACUCUGGUAUCUACUACGAUGAUAUCCUCCUCAUGUUCUAUUAUGGGGAAGACAAAGUGGGGAGCAAAACUAUCCCUUCGUUUUACCAAGGGUGGGAUAGAACUCAUCGAGUAAUCGACCAAGUGGACGUCGAGACGCGUCUUUGGACCGGCCUCCACAAGGCAAUGAUGAAUGCAACGGCUGAAUUAAGGGCCGAUUUGUCGACGAAGGUUAAGUACAAGACAUGGGGCAUAAAGAGUAAGCACCACGGGAUGAACAAGGAAGGGAAGAUUCGUAUAGGUAAAGAUGGCAAGAUAUCCAACAAGAAGAAGAAAGUUAAACUUGGACAUCCGUCAAAGAAAUGGAAAUUGCGGAGUACUCGAUAUCUCUCUAGCAUUAUUCUUAACCAUACAACUGAAGCUCAGCAGUCUAGUUAUGUCUACCACUUCUGUCCAAACACCACCAAUUUCUCCAUAAGCAGCACUUACCGGACCAACCGCGAUAGCUUAUUAUCUUCAUUGUCGUCUAAUGUCACCGGGGGAGAAGGUUUCUACAACACAACCUCAAGCAGGAACCCUGACAUGGUAUAUGGCCUGUAUGGAUGCCUUGGAGAUCUUCUACGAACGACUGCCAAGCGUGUGAAACCUUUGCCACCAAUGACAUUUCCCGACGUUGUCCCAUUGAAAAAGAGGCCGGGAUAUGGUUCGAUGGGUGCCGGAUACGAUACUCAAAUCGAAAUAUAUUUUCCAUUGUGGCUGAAGCACCUAGAGUUGCCUUCUUUAAUGGCAUGA